AUGGGGGAUUCUUCUGCAUCAUAUAUUCACAUGCUGCAUUAUCUGAUAGAAAAGUGUUUGAUCUUCAACAUGACAAAAGAAGAGUGCAUGGAAGCACUCUCCAAGCAUGCAAACAUCAAACCUGUCAUCACUUCUACUGUUUGGAAUGAGCUUGAAAAGGAAAACAAGGAAUUCUUUGAAGCCUAUGCACAAUUUCAAAGCAAAAGACAAGUCAAAUGAUCUGAUCCAGAAGAUGGUCUUGAUUCCUCUAAAGACACCGAUGAAUAAUAUUGCCAUGGAAAAUGAUCUCGCCUUGCUGUUCAACUUGUUAGUUAGCAUGUAUGUGUCUCAGUGCCAUCCUUUGUCUUUGAAUAAAUUUUUUUUGGCUUUGCUUUGUCGGAUGGUAUUGGUGGAGUGGCGUAUAUAUGGCUGGUCACAGUCAUGAAUUUUAUACUUCAUUAAAGUAUGUGAAGGUGAUGUCAAGGUUCCUGGAGAAGUCAGUGGUCUGAAAGCCUCCAAUGCUUAUCGGGUCCUUUAAUGAAUGGGAAGUUUGGUGCAAUGACUUAAAACAGGGGCUGGGACAGGGGCUUGCAGUUCGUGGGCUGUGGGAACUGGUAAUGGUCAGGGCUAACCCAAUGAUUUUGCAUCUACUAAACGAUUAAAAAAUGAUCUUAUAUUUGUUUCUGGUUGGAACCAUAUCCAGCUUCAU